GAAUCCAAGCUUGAGCCCACCGCUCCAAUCGCUAUCCCAGUUCCACCGACGCCAUUACCAUCGUCGUCUACCUUCAAUUGGCCUCCGUCUGAAGAAGAAGAAGAGCUCAUUAUGCGCGUUCUCUAUGGGCCUAGCUCUACGCGCAGGCUGCCUGUCUUCGAGGAGAUAUGCUCUCAUCCCAAAUGAGCCGCUGCCUCUCCCUCCGCUGGCCAUCUUCAACAUCUCGUCGUGGCUACCGGGCUCUCGCGAUGGACGGGUACUCAUCAGAAGAGGAUUCAACCGUGAAAAUUAUCGUCGGCAAGGAGAAGAGGGUGUUCUUUGUCGACCCUUUUGUUCUUCGAAAGAACCCCUUCAGGGUCCUAUUAGAAAUGGUCAAAAACAAGGAGUCCCUCGAAAGAGAUUCGAUCUUUGUGGAUGUUGAUGCCAUUCUCUUUGAGCACUUGCUGUGGUUAGUUUACAACGAUUGUUCUGCUUCUACUGCUUCUCUGCUUGAGCUCAAUUUGAGGGAGAUUAUAGAGUUUUAUUCUCAGGAUUAUUGAAAUUGAAGAUAGCUUUGAGGUGUUGAUUAAAUUGCCCAAUUGGGAAUUAGUAGUGAUUAUGUUACGGAAAUGAGCUGUUAAAUAUCAAUAAAUUCAGUCAAAAAGUGUUUCUUUUUUGCGUUCUUUGGGAGUGAAGAAGUUAUCUGCAACUUGGGAUAUUGCGACUGAAAUGUUUUUAUUGCUUAGUAGUUUUUUUAUGGAUGAAGAU